GAACAAGAUGGCUGUUAGCUGGGGAUUGGAGAGCUGAGAGAGAGCGGGGAGGGGUGGAAAGAGGCGGCGAAACACGCCACAAAAAGAGAAAAGGGACAGGGCGUUCUCCGUCUGAGCGAAGGGAAGUGUCUACCGUCUGUUUUUAUUUUUUUAUUUUGAUUUAUGUGUUUUUUUUUUUACUAGCUGUCACGAAGCCAGCCGGGCAACGUUGCCGCUAGUGAACAGCGACGCCUGGUUUCACCCACCUCCAGCCCAGCUGCUCUCCAUCCCUGGGCUGGGCUUUGUAAAGAUCAUCUCUACCAAUUAGGGAACUAGUGAAGUAGCUGGACCCUGGAUUAAAGCAGCUCAUAAGAAAUGUCAUUGUUGUGUGUUGGAGUAAAGAAAGGAAAGCUCGAUGGACCCCAAGAGAAAUUUAACACUUACGUGACCCUCAAGGUGCAAAAUGUUAAAAGCACAACCAUCGCUGUGCGAGGCAGUCAACCCUGCUGGGAACAGGACUUCAUGUUUGAGAUAAACCGUCUGGAUCUAGGCCUCACAGUGGAGGUGUGGAACAAAGGACUGAUCUGGGACACCAUGGUUGGAACUGUAUGGAUCCCCCUGCACAGCAUACGACAGUCCAACGAGGAGGGUCCAGGCCAGUGGCUUACCCUGGACUCAAAUGUGAUCAUGGCUGAGAACGAGAUCUGUGGAACCAAAGACCCGACCUUUCACAGGCUGCUGCUAGACACUCGCUUUGAACUGCCAUUAGACAUUCCAGAGGAAGAGGCCAGAUACUGGGCCAAGAAACUUGAACAACUCAAUGCAAUGAGAGAUCAAGAUUAUGCCUACCAAGAAGAACAAGAGCAAUCACUCCAUGCCCCCUCCACUCAGUGCUGUAAUUGGAGUCUGUGGGGAGACCAGCAGAGUAAGUUCAUGUCAUGCACUUCUGCUAAUGACUUGUAUGAGGACCCAGACAGUGCUGUCGAUGACAGGGACAGCGACUACCGCAGCGAGACCAGUAACAGCAUCCCGCCUCCCUUCUACACCACCUCCCAGCCCAACGCUUCCAUGCACCAGUACCCCAUGCGGAAUCAACACUACAGACACUCCUACAGCGAUGACAUCCAUGAUCUGGACUACGAUCUCAGAACCAUGAGACGCUAUGAUAGUUUAGAUUCUGCCACCAACGGGCGCAGCGAUAUCGACUCAGGCUCGGGGUCGAGCCGGCGCACCAGUCGUCAGUAUUCUCUAGACAGUAGGCACUCUCUGUCCGAUAGUCCCACAGACAGCCGUUAUGCGUCUUCAGGCGAGCUGAGCCGAGGAAGCUCUCAGCUUAGUGAGGAGUUUCCUCCAGAGGAUGGCGAAAGCUUUCAAGGUUCAGAAUUCUACGACGAAAACGACUCCUACCACUCCUGCCAUUCCUCCGUCAGCUACGGCAAAGAAGACUCCCCAGGUUGGGAUGGGGAGGACCACCAAGGCGUCUACAGUGAUGAUGGAGGCUAUCUCAAAGAUGGAGGAGAAGAGGGUGCGCUGUAUGAUGAAGAGGAAGGCGACAUUUACAAGGAGGGGCAGUAUAACUAUGAAGAUGAGGCAGAGAGGCAAUAUGGUGAUGAUAUGUGUCUACCAGGAGACAAACAAAGCAAAGAAAAGGAGCUAAGCUACACCCCAAUGCCCUCAGGCCCUACCCCCACCCUGAUGCCACCAUCUGAUGGCCUGUCUUCCACCAGGCCUCCUUUGGAAAAACAAUCCUCCUUGCAUCAGCAGAGACCUGCCCAAGAUCAGACCCAGUCGUCCAGUGCAGCUCUUGAACUACCUCCAGUCUCCCAGGACAGCAUGUUGCCCUUUGAUGAUACAAAUUCCACCAAACCUUCCUUUUCUCCCUCACAGCAACACAUGUCUGUCACGACAACAUCCUCCCCAACAAUUCCAUCCCAGGUUCCACCUCAGGACACCAAGCCCCAAGAGCCAGAGCCCAAAUCUGAAACCCCUGUGGAGGAACAUCAUCCUCCUGAACAGUCCUCAGCAGCAGAAACUCUGCAGCCUGCUCCUGAGGAGAAAACAGAAGAGGCUCCUGUUCCAAGCUUCCCAAAGAGAGAAAUCAUGGAGCCGGGUCCUGCUAGAGCAAAAGCCAACUGGCUCCGCCUUUUCAGCAGAGUACGACUACAGCUGCAAGAGGCCCGAGGAGAACAUGUUGGGAUUGCCUCCCUGCUUUUAUCUGCAGGCAUGGGUGGUGCCCUGUACAGCAUAGACAGCAUGCCAGACCUUAGAAAGAGGAAAGCAAUGCCUCUGGUCAGAGAUCUGGCAAUGUCUCUGGUCCAGAACUCCAGAAAAGCUGGGAUUACUUCAGCCCUGACGUCCAGCACCCUGCAUAACGAAGAGCUGAAGAGUCAUGUCUAUAAGAAGACCCUACAGGCCCUCAUCUAUCCGAUCUCUUGCACCACCCCACACAAUUUUGAAGUGUGGACAGCCACCACUCCCACUUACUGCUACGAGUGUGAAGGACUGCUGUGGGGUAUCGCUCGCCAAGGCAUGCGCUGCACUGAGUGUGGAGUCAAAUGCCAUGAAAAGUGCCAGGACCUGCUCAAUGCUGACUGUCUACAAAGAGCCGCAGAGAAGAGCUCCAAACACGGCGCAGAGGACAGAACCCAGAACAUCAUAAUGGUUCUUAAAGAUCGAAUGAAGAUCCGCGAGAGGAACAAACCAGAGAUCUUUGAACUCAUACAAGAAGUGUUUGCUGUCCCCAAGUCAACCCAUGUCACCCACAUGAAGCAGAUCAAGCAGAGCGUUCUGGACGGCACCUCCAAAUGGUCCGCCAAGAUCUGCAUCACAGUGUUGUGUGCUCAGGGUCUCCAAGCCAAGGAUAAAACUGGUUCUAGUGAUCCAUAUGUAACCGUCCAGGUGGGAAAGACCAAAAAAAGGACCAAAACUAUUUACGGCAACCUCAAUCCUGUCUGGGAGGAAACAUUUAAUUUCGAAUGCCACAACUCCUCAGAUCGCAUUAAGGUGCGGGUGUGGGAUGAAGACGAUGACAUUAAGUCUCGUGUGAAGCAGAAGUUCAAGAGAGAGUCUGACGACUUCCUUGGUCAGACAAUCAUCGAGGUUCGGACUCUUAGCGGAGAGAUGGACGUCUGGUAUAAUCUUGACAAACGUACGGACAAAUCAGCCGUUUCUGGGGCUAUCAGAAUGCGCAUUAAUGUGGAGAUUAAAGGAGAGGAGACAGUCGCUCCCUAUCACGUACAGUACACCUGUCUGCAUGAGAACCUAUUUCAUUACGUAACAGACAUCCAGAACACUGGUGUGGUGAAGAUUCCCGAUGCCAAAGGGGACGAUGCUUGGAAAGUUUAUUUUGAGGAGACUCCCCAAGAAAUAGUGGAUGAGUUUGCCAUGCGUUAUGGGGUGGAGUCCAUCUACCAAGCCAUGACCCACUUUGCGUGUUUGUCGUCUAAAUACAUGUGCCCCGGAGUACCUGCAGUCAUGAGCACCCUGCUGGCCAACAUCAACGCCUAUUACGCCCACACCACCCAGGCAACCAACAACGUUUCUGCAUCUGACCGCUUUGCAGCUUCAAACUUUGGAAAAGAACGAUUCGUCAAGCUUCUAGAUCAGCUGCACAACUCUUUGAGGAUAGACCUCUCCAUGUAUCGGAACAACUUUCCAGCCAGCAGCCCUGAGAGGUUACAGGACCUCAAGUCCACAGUUGACCUUCUCACCAGUAUUACCUUCUUCAGAAUGAAGGUUCAGGAGCUCCAGUCUCCACCAAGAGCUAGUCAGGUUGUGAAAGAUUGUGUAAAAGCCUGCCUCAACUCCACCUACGAGUACAUCUUUAAUAACUGCCAUGAACUCUACAGCCGCGAGUACCAAACAGAUCCGGCUAAGCAGGGGGCUGUGCCUCCAGAGGAGCAGGGUCCCAGUAUCAAGAACCUGGACUUCUGGUCCAAACUCAUCACACUUAUUGUUUCCAUUAUUGAGGAGGACAAAAACUCCUACACUCCCUGCUUAAACCAAUUUCCCCAGGAGCUCAAUGUGGGUAAAAUAAGUGCUGAAGUGAUGUGGAAUUUGUUUGCUCAGGAUAUGAAAUACGCGAUGGAAGAACAUGAGAAAAACCGCCUGUGUAAGAGCGCUGAUUACAUGAACCUGCACUUUAAGGUAAAGUGGCUCUACAACGAGUACUGCAAAGACCUUCCUUUCUUCAAGAGUCGAGUGCCUGAAUACCCUGCAUGGUUUGAGCCUUUCGUCAUCCAGUGGCUGGAUGAAAAUGAGGAAGUCUCUCGUGACUUUUUGCAUGGCGCUUUGGAAAGAGACAAAAAAGAUGGAUUCCAGGUCACAUCAGAACAUGCGCUCUUCUCCUGUUCGGUGGUGGACGUGUUCUCCCAGCUCAAUCAGAGCUUCGAGAUCAUCAGGAAGCUAGAGUGUCCAGAUCCACAGAUUGUAGGACACUACAUGAAGCGAUUUGCAAAGACCAUCAGCAAUGUUCUUCUGUCCUAUGCUGAUAUCAUCUCCAAGUUGUUUGCCAACUAUGUUACCAUGGAGAAAGUUCCCUGCAUCCUGAUUAACAACAUCCAACAGUUAAGGGUUCAGCUGGAGAAGAUGUUUGAAGCCAUGGGUGGAAAAGAUCUCUGUGUGGAAGCCAGCGAUAUUCUGAAAGAUCUUCAGGUGAAGCUGAACAAUGUAAUGGAUGACCUGAGCAGGGUCUUUGCUGUCAGUUUCCAGCCUCAUAUUGAAGAAAAUGUGAAGCAGAUGGGAGACAUCUUGGCUCAGGUGAAAGGAACGUCGAAUGUAGGGAACGCCAGCAGUGUGGCCCAAGAUGCAGACAAUGUUUUGCAGCCAAUCAUGGAGUUCCUGGACAGCAACCUUUCGUUGUUUGCUAAGAUUUGUGAGAAAACUGUUCUAAAACGUGUGCUGAAGGAGCUGUGGAAGCUGGUAAUGAACACCAUGGAGAAAACCAUCGUUCUGCCUCCACUCACAGACCAAACGAUGAUUGGGAGGCUGAAGAGUGCUUCUCACAGUGAUGGCACUCAGCUCAUCUUCAAUGCAGCCAAGGAGCUUGGACAGCUGUCCAAACUGAAGGAGCACAUGGUUCGAGAGGAGGCCAAAGCAUUAUCACCCAAACAGUGUGCUGUGAUUGAGUUGGCUCUGGACACCAUCAAGCAAUACUUCCAUGCUGGAGGUGUGGGUCUGAAGAAGACUUUCCUGGAGAAAAGUCCUGACCUCCAAUCUCUCCACUAUGCUCUGUCCCUCUACACUCAGGCCACUGACAAACUCAUUAAGACUUUUGUCCAGUCCCAGCACGCCCAAGGCACCGGAGUGGAUGAUGCUGUGGGUGAGGUGUCCAUCCAUGUGGAGGUUUUCACUCAUCCAAACACUGGGGAACAUAAAGUCACAGUGAAAGUUGUGGCUGCCAACGACCUGAGGUGGCAGACGCAGGGAAUAUUCCGCCCAUUUGUAGAGGUCUACAUCAUCGGCCCCCACCUGAGCGACAAGAAGCGGAAGUACGCGACCAAGUCGAAGAACAACAGCUGGGCUCCUAAAUACAAUGAAACCUUCACUUUCACAUUGAGCAACGAGGUGGGUCCGGAGUGCUAUGAGCUGCAGGUGUGUGUGAAAGACUACUGCUUCGCCCGUGAGGACCGAACCGUGGGCAUGUCGGUCCUUCAGCUGAAGGACAUGGUCUCUAAGGGCAGCGCCGCCUGCUGGCUGCCGCUGGGUAAACGCAUCCACAUGGAUGAGACGGGCCUCACUGUCCUGCGCAUCCUCUCCCAACGCAACAACGAUGAUGUGGCCAAGGAGUUCGUCAAGCUCAAGUCGGACCAGCGCUCCGCAGAGGAGGGCCGUGGCUAAACAAGUCUGUUUGGGGUUUAAAAUGCUGCGUCUGGAGCCCCAGGACUCUCCUGGUACACUGCAAGUCACUGCCGAGUAAUCCAGUGUUGUAAAAGCACAUACAAGACAGGAGUCAACACACACUCCGUACUGUAAAUACAUCUAUUUCAGUGGAGAAGACACAAAGCAAAGAGAAGCACCACAGAGUCCACCAGUGUCUUUACUGUUGCCGAUGUGUUUAUCCCAAAUUUUUAUUAACAGCAGAGUUUCCUUAUUUAAGGUGGAGGAACACAAACUUCUCUCUUGGUCGGGUUGAGAAUUAUCUUGUAGCCUCUAAAUACUUUCAUCCUUCUCACUUUUUCCUUUUUUAGUUUGUGCCCUCUCAUCCCUUCGCUGGUAUGUUCUCAGUCAGAGAAGAACCCGCAAGUGCCAACAGAUAACUGCUGAAAUAUGCCAAGAGCUUUCCCGAACACAAAAGGGCCAGCUGUCCAUUCAAAACACAUCAGAACCAAGCUCAAAAAUUACAGAUAUUACAAGAAAAAUCAGCACUUUUCGUUAAUAGUUCAACUUUAUUACUAAUUAAUCUAGAGCUAUAUUUAUAUUUCAGUAAUUCUAGAUAACCUUAUAUACAUAUAUAUAUAUAUAUAUAUAAAUUACUUAAAAAGGAAAUAGAUGAACUUACAGGGUUAUUUGAUGGACAUGUGGUCAUUGAAAGAUUGUUCUUGUCUGUCUUUCUGUCUGUGGACCCUAAAGCAGCACACUGCCUGACACUCUGAAUACCUUCUGUUCCGUUGACCCUCUGUCUGUGUCUUGUUUAAGGACGGCAUGGAGAGAGAAAUCUGAUGAAAGCACACAUCUGAGCACUGGGAUUUAUCACAUGGUAUAUAAAUAUGUGUGUGUCUCUGAGUGAGUGAGUGAGCAUCAUUUGUGGUUGUUGACGGUUACCUGCCAGUGUAAUCAUAGAGAAGCCAUUUCUAUGUUAAUUAUAUUUGGAGGUUCUGUUAAUUUUUUAUACGUUUGUUUACAUUUUUAAGGCCAAAAUCUUUUUUUUAUUAAUAUUAUUUUGUUUUUUUUCUAACCUUUGUGUUUUACUGCAAACAUUCCUUGUAGCCUUCUCUUGGUCUAUCAGCAGUGCAUUACUGAGGAGGGAUUAAAUCCCAUCUCAUUUUCUUAAAGAAAAAAAAAGCAACUAGCUGCCCAGUAAUAUGGGGAUUAUUAUAUAAAAACACCUGCAUUGAGAUAUUUUGCUAAGUAGCCUCGUGAGAGAUAUAUCUCACAUCCUGCCCCCCUGAGUUAGCAUAGAUCUGCACUGAUCCAACACAUUUAAUAUUCUUUUUCACAUUUUGUCACAUCCCAACUGCAGACUCUGAUGUGUUUAAGAGGAGUUCUGACAAAAAUAGUUGUUUUUGUGAAGUGAAAGAAAAUAAUAUGUAGAGUGCUGUGCAUUUGUGCAUUUGAGCUUCUUCUCCUGAAUCGACAAUUUGUAGAACCAGUUUCCCUGAAAUUACAGCUAUGUCUGUAACCCCAGUUUUUU